AUGCGUGCAUUCUCGUGCCUCCUAGGCCAGAGCCUGGUGGCCGCCUGUGGGCUUGCCUCGACCGUAUCGGCAGGCGUCCUGCGAUCAAGAUUAUCAGAAGGGAUUCAAAUAGAGUACAAUGAGCCCAAUAUCUGCGAGACUACCCCAGGCGUCAAAUCAUAUAGUGGCUAUUUGACGCUCAACUCGACGAGCUUGCAAGACUAUCCUCAAAAACUCUUCUUUUGGUUUUUCGAGGCGCGUAAUGAUCCAGAAAAUGCCCCGUUGAGCAUUUGGCUCCAGGGAGGACCUGGAGCACCCUCGAUUGACCAGGCAUUGAACGAGAACGGCCCGUGUCGAGUGCAGUCGGACGCAAACUCGACCGUCCUGAACCCAUACUCGUGGAACAACCACGUCAACAUGUUGUACAUUGAUCAGCCCGUACAGACCGGGUACAGCUACGACGUGGCCACGCCCGGCGUCAUUGACGGGUUGUCUGGAGACAUAUAUCCCAACGACACGUGGACGGGCCCUCUCAACGUGACGGCUGUUGCUGGCGUGUUUGCGAGCCAGGAUUUGACCCGCACCGUUCCCACGACUGCCGUGGCUGCUGAGGCCAUUUGGGAGUUCUUGCAAUUGUGGUUGAGCGAAUUUGAACAGUACCAACGAAAGAGCAUCAGUAUCUGGGCCCAGUCAUACGGUGGACAUUAUGCGCCUGCAAUCGCGCAUCUAUUGCAAACCCGCUCCAAGUCGUGUUCCAAGAACCACCUCAAGAUCUCUGUCGACACUGUGGGCAUCAUCAGCGGCUUCACCGAAUUUGCCACGUAUGCCGAGUCAUAUCCCAACUUUGCCCUCAACAACACGUACGGGAUCCAGGCGUACCCGGUAGAGGUUGCCGAGUCGGCGGCGGCGAACUGGUCCGCGCCGGGAGGUUGCAAGGACCAGCUUGAUAGCUGCCGCGCCCUGACACCAAACGGAUACCACGACCAAUACGGUACCAAUGAUACCGUCACCGAGGUCUGCGGUUCAGCCUUUUUGUUCUGCUGGACGUAUGUCUACUAUGCGUACGACGCGCUCUCUGGGCUUGAUCCCUUUGAUAUUACCCACUCGACUCCAAUCUCUUUCCCUCCGCCAUAUGUGUACGGAUACCUGAACCAAGACUGGGUCAUGGAGGCCCUGGGCGCAGAUGUCAACUAUACGGUCAACAGCAACCCAACGCAGAAUACUUUCUUUGGCGUUGGCGAUUUCGUCUUUGAUGGCUUCACCGACGACCUGGCCCAGCUCCUCGACGACGGAGUCAAGGUGUCACUGAUCAAUGGUGACCGUGACUUUCGUUGCAACUGGGUUGCUGGAGAACAAGUCAGCUUGAACAUAGACUACAAGAACAAGGACGACUUUGCUGCGGCUGGAUAUGCCGAGAUUGUUACCAAUGAUGAGUAUAUUGGCGGCUUUGUCCGUCAAUAUGAUGGCUUCUCCUAUGCCCGUGUCUUUGAGGCCGGCCACCACAUCAACUCGGACCAACCCGAGACAGCCUACCAGCUCUUUCAACGCACCAUGUUUGGCAAGGAUCUGGCGACUGGCAGUAUAGACCUCGCAGACUGCGGGACAGAGGACGACGACAAUGAUGACAACGACAAGGGUCUCUACAGUACCGAGGGUCCAGCGUCCGUCUUCAACGUGACCAACACACCCCCCCUGGACCCAGGCUCUGAGUGCUUUGUCCUCGUCUUGCCCUUUUCCGGGUACUGCACCGACGAGCAGAUCCUCGCCUUGUACGAUGGGUCCGCCGUGAUUGAGAAUAAUAUCGUCGUCAGCCCGGCCGGUAGGCCUGCAGCAAAUUCGACGACGGUUUAG